AUGACCAUGUUUGUGGGCAUUGCUCACUUAUCCACACCUGCAGCUGCCAGUUGCUGUUAUUCUUUCACUCAUCAGAAUCUACAGGGAUCUGUCCAAAAAAACCGCAACGACAAGGUUGUGGCUGCAGGGCCAGAUAGCAGCAACAAUGUCCUACCAAUCUUCUCACUUUCUCUUAACAUCAGCUCACCAAUCGCAAACAAUACACCCUCCGAUCGAUCAUAUCACGCCACCAUCGCUUUCCCUAACAACUACGCGGUCUCUGCAACCCCUGUAGGAUGCUCUCAAGUAAACUCUCAUGCUGUCAACUGCACGUCCAUUGGGAUUAGCCAACUAGCCUUAAACUUUCCCAGCAUUACUCUCUCAAGCGGCAAAGCAAACACCAAUUUCGUGCCAAAGUUAGAAGGUGUCGUUUUUAAUGGUGAAAAAUGUGGGAUGCAAAAUUCCUGCCCCGCUGCCUUGGCAGUACUGCCUUCAACAUCUGGAACUGUUAGUGUGCAGCCAACUCAAACUGGUACAGCCGAUGGCAACAGCUCGGCAACUGGGCCUAAUAUGAUCUUGAUCAUGGGUUUGGCUGCGGCAACAGUUAUCAGUACGUUGGUUGCAGGUAUCUGUAUAUUCCUUUACCUCAGGAGGAUCCGGCAAGAAGGGAAGCCUGGUUACUCGAUGCUUCUUGCUUCUCAGCGCAGAGGUGACCCUGAAACUGGUGCUAGAAGCAUCAAUGGCAGCCUUAGAAGUGGACACUCUUAUGGGGCCGGGACUCUGUAUUCUAUUUCGCCACCAAUUAUAGCCCCGCCUGCCCCUGCAUCCUCGGUCCCGACAAAACCUUUGGCCCCACCAAAGCCUCUAGCCCUAGCAAGGCCUGUAGCCCCAACAAAGCCUCCAGCCAUUGCCCCCAGGGGAUUGGAAAGUCAUAUCGCUACUACAAGGAGGGCAGCUGCUCUCCUUGAUGUGACCCCCAUUGAUAACCCAAAGCUACGUGAACCUAAACUGGUCAUUAGACGUGAUUCGGUCCUUUCCUAUUGUCAUGAAGUUGAGCAAGAAAGCGAUGAAAUGGACCGAAAAGAGCAGCAAGAAUCUAAUGAUGCUGCUGCUGUCGCUGCAGACGAUCAACCUCUUAAGCAGCCCACUGCCGCUACAGACGAUCAACCCCUUCAGCAGCCAACCUCCGCUUCCAAGGCACCCAGGCCAGUCAAGCAUUACUCAUGGAUGGCAACCCCAGCCACUAGUCGUGAUUCCAUGGCGAGGACGGAUACAAAAGCAACACGAAAAGGUUUCUUCAAACUAGACCAGCCUGAUGAAUCCGCGAGCACAACAACAGCGCCUUCCAAUCAACAGGAUCAUCUCCAGAUACUCACUUCGUCCGUGCAAGAAGAUCGUCCACUGAGCCGCUUUUCAUUAGCGUUCUCUAAUUCUAGGUUGUCCAAGACUCUCUCGGCUAUAAAGCUUCAGCCGCCAAAGAGCGCAUACCUAUCUGCAACUCCAUCCAAGCGUGUCCACAGGACGAGUGGAAGCCUCGUUACCACAGUCCGUCCUGAGCACCACCAACAGCAUCUUGAACAGUCCCAGCCCAAAGAUCCCAAUGCUGAGGAUGAAAACGAAUGCCCAGAACAGCAAAUUUUUGAUGUACUAAGCUUUAUUGACGCCUUCAUGAACCCAGGCGCUCCACCACUUCCACCUACACCAGCUCAACCCGCUUCUUCCUCUUCGUCUUCUGCUGCUCCUGCUACUACGGUGAGCCGACGCGCCAACUCUAAAAAGCGCCAAAAGUCCGUACGCAGAGUACCGACUGGAAGAAAAGCAACAGUGACGGCGACGGUAGCAGCAACUGCAACAGCGACCGCAACAGCGACAGCAGCACCAACAGCAAAAGCAGCGCCACCAUCAAAAGCAAUGCCAACGGUAAUUGAACAACCAGAAACGACUACUACUGCUACACUAGAAGUACCUGGAACGCAGGAGGCAGCUACAACAAAACCAGAAACGAUAGAAACGAUAAAAACGACAGAAACGGCAGAAACGACAGAAACGAAAGCAACGAAAGCAACGACAAUAACGAAAACGGUCUCAGUUCAGAGGCCAAAAAAAAGGCUUGAGCUCCCAGUCCACACUCGACCCGGACAUCAUAAUUCAGGCCUAUAUGGAUAUCUGUAG